GGGUCAUGUGACGGCAAGAUGGCUGCCCGGUGGCGGCGCUCCUGAGGGAAGCAGCGGGUCCCGUGUGGCGGUGGCGGUGCGGGGCCUAAGGCAGCCCCGCGCGGCUGUUGACCGAAAGGCUGCCCCCCAGGCCCCGUGAGCGCGCGAGGGGGAAGCCAGGCCCGGGGGCGGCGAGGGCUGGCCCUUCCCCCCCGGGGCGGCGGGAAGAGCCGAGGCCUGGCAGGGGCCGGGACAGCUGCCCCCGCGGAGCUCUGUCGUAGUGGUGCCUUCUGGGCGCGGGGGAAGGCUUCGCUCGUCCAUGCCGUUCGCCCCCACCCGGAAAUAUGAUCAGCGCCCCCGACGUAGUGGCCUUCACCAAAGAGGAGGAGUUGGAGGAGGAGGCGUACGACGAGCCGCCCCUGCCUGAGGAAUACUCCGUGCCCCUCUACCCCUUCGCCACCUACGGCGCCAACCCCUGGUCCAAGCUCUCGGGCUCCAAGUUCCCCCGGGACUUCAUCCUCAUCUCCGAGUUCUCCGAACAAGUGGGGCCCCAGCCCUUGCUGACCAUCCCAGAUGAUGCCAAAGUGUCCGGCACAUUCGAUCUCAACUAUUUCUCCCUCCGCAUCAUGUCCGUGGAUUAUCAGGCCUCCUUCGUGGGGCACCCGCCGGGGUGCGCCUACCCAAAGUUGAACUUUGUGGAGGACUCCAAAGUGGUCCUGGGAGAUUCAAAAGAAGGAGCUUUUGCCUACGUGCACCACCUGACUCUCUACGACCUUGAAGCGAGAGGCUUUGUGAGGCCUUUCUGCAUGGCCUACAUUUCCACCGACGAGCACAAAAUCAUGCAGCUGUUCCAGGAGCUCUCUGCAGAGUUCUCCAAAGCCUCCGAGUGCUUAAAGACGGGUAACAGGAAAGCUUUUGCUAACGAACUCGAAAAGAAGCUGAAAGACCUCGACUAUACUAGGACUGUGCUGCACAAUGAAACGGAGAUUCAGAAGAAAGCCAAUGACAAAGGGUAUUACACUACCCAGGCCAUCGAGAAAGCGAACGAACUAGCCAGCGUUGAAAAAUCGAUUAUUGAGCACCAAGACUUGCUGAAGCAAAUCAGGUCAUAUCCUUAUAGAAAAAUGAAGGAUUCUGAUUUCCAUCCAUACGAGCCAGAGUGUGCCCCGGAUCAAGCUAAUGCAAGUUUUGAUCUGGACUCAACUACCUCCCACCAUGAUGAGCCUGGUGAAACGCAUCUAUAUGCACGGUUGCCACCCUACACCCCUAAGCUCAUCAAAGCAAAGUCUGCCAAAUGCUUUGACAAGAAACUAAAAACCCUGGAGGAGCUCUGUGACAUUUAUUUCUUUACCCAAACCGUCGAUCAGCUGAAUCAGAUAGAGCGAACUUUCAGAGGUGAUGUCUGCUACCUCUUGACAAAUCAGAUCAAUAGAGCACUUUUAAAGCAACAAACUAUAGUAAACUUCCUGUUUGAAGAUGUGUCUGUCCUAGAUGAGAAGCCAGCUGAAAAACACCUCGCUGGUUGUCAGGGGUGUCCUCAGGACACUGUCAACACCAAGAGUUUAGAAGAGUUUCCCAUCCCUAAAGUGCUGAUCAGCCUGGGAUCUUACAAGUCGAGCGUGGAGUCUGUGCCCAUCAAGAUGGAUCCAGAGAUGGAAGAUCCUCAGGAGCUAAAAGUGAGUGAUCCUCCUGCCGAGGACCACCAGGAGAACUUGGAGUACCUGGAUGCAGAUAUUAAAGGGAGCAUCAGCAGCGGGGAGAGCAUCGAGGUUUUGGGAACAGAAAAGUCUGCUCCUGUUCUGACCAAAUCUGAGAGCCAGGCUAGCUUGCCCAUCAGUUCAAGCCCCCACAUGGUUAGAAACAAAGCAGUCAGCGGAAGAACCAUCAGUGAAGACAGCAUUGAAGUCCUGAGCACAUGUCCCUCAGAAUCUCUGAUCCCAGAAGAUUUUAAAGCAAGCUACCCAAGUGCCAUUAAUGAGGAAACUUAUGCGGAUGAUGAAGAGGGAGGUAUUCACUUCAGCCCAAGUUUAACUCCUGAUAAUAUGGAAGAGAGGGAAGGCAGGUCAGAACAGGAGCACUUGCUGCAGGUGGAUUCUGCCUGUUGUAUUGGGAAAGAGAGUCCUACCUUCCUGGAGCCUCUGCCUGACCUGGGGCGAAAGCACUGUGACGACGACGGCGUGGUCAGCAUUCCCCCGCAGCCGUACAGGCAGGCGGACCAGGGCCUUCAUGUGAACUUCUCAGACUACUUGUCCCACGAUGGUGUCCCUGGGGGACUCCUCUCGUACGAACCCGAUCCCCAUUACUUACUGAGCAGCCGAGACGUCAGUAAAAUUAGCUUGGACGAAUGCUCCGACUCCACAAGCUACAUGAGCAGCGCGGCUUCCACGUGCUCUGAUCGUUCUCCUUCUCCCGCCCAUCCGAUUAGUCACUUCAAUGAAAGGCACAAAAAGAAAGCCGGCCAGAAUGCCUUGAGGUUCAUUAGGCAAUACCCCUUUGCUCACCCUGCGAUAUACUCUCUGCUCAGCGGGAGGACGCUGGUAGUCCUGGGAGAAGACGAAGCAAUAGUAAAGAAACUGGUCACUGCUCUCUCCAUCUUUGUUCCAAAUUGCAGCGCAUACACGAAGCCCGUGAAGCACUGGGUCACUUCCCCUUUGCAUAUCAUGGAUUUCCAGAAGUGGAAGCUGAUUGGGCUGCAGAGAGUGGGGUCCCCUGCCAGAGCUAGCAUGCUGCACUCCCUGACUCGCUACAGCCGCUACGUGAGCAUCCUGGAUGCCGACAGCAAGACUCUGCGCUGCCCCCUUUACAAGGGGACGCUGGUGCCCCGGCUGGCCGACCACCGCACACAGAUCAAGCGGGGAAGCACCUACUACAUGCAAGUUCAAAGCGCCCUCACCCAGCUGUGCUCAAAAGCCUUCCUGUAUGCCUUCUGCCACCACCUGCACUUGCCCAUCAAUGAGGCGGAGGUGGAGGAGUCCAUCGCGAACCGCCGCAUGAACUUCCUCAAACUCCAGCUAGGGCUGGUGAAUGAAGACGUCAAAAUCGUGCAGUACCUGGCAGAGCUGCUGAAACUGCAGUACCUUCAGGAGCCUGGCAGGGGUGCCACCCCCCAGCUGCGGUUUGACUACGUCCCCAGCUUUUUGUACAAAAUCUAACGGCCUCUGGGUGGCGAGGCUACCUCCGCCGAUUCUGACACGGGUCCUCUGCGCUUAACAGCGAUGCUCUUUGCAGAUCUCUGAUGCAUUGGGGAGGAUAUGGGACAGCCUGCAUGUGUGCACACAGGAGUCCCCUGCUAAUCCGAGCGCUGGGAGAAGCCUGCGUGGUUCCCUGGGGCUGAGAACUAGAAUGUGUCCUACCCCAUCAGCCACGAGAUCUCAAAUGGAUUGGCCAUUCCAUCUUUCAGUGCUAAAGGGACGCUGUCAGCUUGCAAACCCGUGCACUAACGACACCCUGCCCUCCAGCCCUUGGCUGGGAGGCAUGGGGCAACCCACUGUCAUAUUGGGGAGGGUGUGACUAGCAGGGGGCUGUCCCCUCUGCUGAUAGGAUCCUCUUCACUCAUGCUUACACUAUGCAUGUUCUUAUGACAUCAGCGAAGGCCUAAUAUGUUUUAAAAGCCAGGUGGGUUUUGACUGUAUUUUGCUGCCUACCAACAGCAAAUAUAAUGUCCUGCCAAUGUUAGGGGUGGGUGGGGAGGAACUUGACUCAAACCUUGCCACUAAGAUCAAGGCUUGAAAGUAUCUGCUCUUAUUAAGCAGUAGUUCACAGUGUCCCUUUGCAUCGUCUUAGCUCAUUAGCUCAUUAACAGUUUCUGGAAUUGCUCCCCAUUGAGCCUGUCGCACGGAGAUCAAAGCGUGCAUGUUUCUGUUCCCCAAAGUUUCCUGGUUGCUCAGCUUUGCUGGAAGGACAGGUCAGCAGUGUGUCUCUGAUGGCCAGGUGACACAGCGGCCCCCCUGUCAGCAUGAAUGUAGAGCACCAUGCCUUGUUUGUUUGCAACACGCUUGUGGCUUGGAUUGUGGGGUGGUGGGAGGGAUGGGGAGGCCUGCGGGUCUUUAAAGCUGGCUGAGAUUUUAGCAGCGCCGCAGCAGGAUUGCCUUUAGGGACAGAUAAUAGGCAUGCGGGCUCAAGCCCGGCAACCAGGUAGCUGUUCCAAUGUCUUAUAGAGAAUGAUGGGGCAAUUUGCCGGAAGAUGCACUGAGAAGGAGGGGGUGGGAUCAAGGAGCUUUGGGGCAGGCAGAGGCCCCAGCUUAUUGAAGCACUAGUGCUCGGGACAGGCCAAGCAUGAAUGUAACAAGUGACGUGUUUUAUCCUUUUGUAGCUGCUUGUUGGGGCCUGUGCUGUGCUGUGCUCUAGGAGGAGCAGGGGGUCCCCAGACCAGCGGGCACUGCCUCCACUCCACCUCCACCCUGGUUUGUUGUUGUUCAGUGCCAGGCCCUUGGAAUGUCUCCACUACCUCCCAUGGCAUUUACCAGGCAUCUCCUUGUGGCACUGAUCAGACAGGGAGAGCUGGUCCCGUGUUGCUCUCUGUGCCAUUCCUCUCGGACUGCCCAGAGGACAGUGGUGCUGGCACAUCCGUGGGUUUGUUGUCAGCACAUAAAGAUUCAUGCUCUGCUUUUUGUGUGUGUUCAUCUUCCAUGCAUCUCUUCCUUCUGUGAAAUUCUCAGAGGAGGUUCCAUCCCGUCAGCUCCUACUGUUUUGCUCUGGGUGGUUGGAGGAUGCCCCUGGGGUACUCCUGGAGUGAGGGAGAAGUCUGACAGGAAAAGCUUGCCUUGAUUUUUAUUCCUCUUUUAGCACUCUUCCCUGCUGAUUUAGAGGGGAAAUGGCUCUCUUUUUUUUUUUUUUUUUUUUUUACGAGAAGCCGAAGUCUCUUUCUUUCACUCCUCCCUAGAAUGUGAUUCUGUGGGACAGAGUGCUGGAAUUGAAUGUAAAGCUCCUUCUGUGCUGGGGGAAGCUUCGAUGCAGGGGUUUGGGCUUCCGGGUAGGUUUUAGAUCGCAUUAAAACGCGAUGGGAAAGCUGCACUAGUACAGAAUAUGGAGCCCCCUUGGGGGAUGAUUGCACUGCAUGCCCCAGUGCCCAGGGUGCUGGAAUGCCAAUGUCAUCUUUUCCUCGCAUGAAACGGGGGUUGUCGAGACGCUAGCUGGAGGUGGGGGGCACAGUCAGGGUAGAAAUAUUCUAUUGUCACUACUACAGGCGUCCAGCUAGACCAGUGCCUGUGGAAAGUGUGAGGUUGCGAUGUGCCUGGCUGGGACUUGCAGCCAGAAGCGACUUGUAGCUUUUCCAGCAUGUGGCUGGGAGCCAGAUGGAGCUGUCCCCUGCUGAGGGUUUGGGCAGCAUUGUGUUAGCUUUCCGUGUUUGCGCGCGGCCCAGCAGGGUCAUCUGUGUAGUCAGAAGCAUGGUGAGGAGCUUGUGCUCUGCAGCAUUGAAUGUGUCCUCCGAGAUGCAGCUCCCACAUGCAACCUGGGUAGGUUUGAGAUCCCACUGAAACUCCAUGUACAUGAACCAGUAGCAUCACUGAGCUGUCUGCUCCUACUGGGACAGUAUCUGCAUCGUGUUCAGAUGGAGACACCCAGGCACCAGUGCAUGUAGAAAGAGCAGCUGGCAGCUUAGUAGUACGUGAGCAGUGCAGGUGAGGCCGCUUACUCCUGACCUCUGCUUAGUCAUUCAUCCACUGGACUGGAAAAGGAGCGAUCUCAAGCCCUUCACGCUUGUGUGACAAAGGUAACUGAGCUCUGUGGGAGCACGUGGCUCUGGCUUGGUGCAUCCUUCUCAGCUGACUGCAGCACACUGUGUGAUGUCCCCCCGGAGUAUUGGUGGGUGGUGGAUGCAUUAGGCUCCAGGGGUAGGUAAUGCAGUGCAGCGAAACAUGCUUUGGGACAUCUCCCUGUACCACCCCAGGGCGAACAGCGAGCUGGCCACCAACUGCCCCCUAGAGCCAGACCCCUCCCCUCACAGCCACUCCCUUGAGGAGCCCUUGGGCCACUGGCCUUGUGGCAUGUGGGCCCCUGGGGCCAAUCUCUUAAAGCCUGAAUCUGCUGCGUUUCUUACUGUUUGCAGUGAGAGGGGAAGUGCGAGCUGGCAGACAGUGGCUCAGGAGCUGCUCUGACUCCAGAAAGCUGUCUCGCAUGGUGGUUUCAGGGUCUCAGGCUGCACUGUAUUGUCUUGAUCCCACACCAAUGCACUUUAAGACUACCUGAUCCUUAAUUAUGUUGCCUCGCUACCUUUAGCUAUUAGGAACCACUCACAAACUAGGAACCUAGCACUGAGAGCUUCUCCCAAACUGGCCUGCCUCGUGACGCCUGGUCUGUCCCUGCAAGGCCUGAAGUAGAACAGACCUGUGCACUUUGUUGUCCUGUCACUUUUAAGCCCACAGCUGGCAUCGGCACCUGCAGGGCCAGUCAUCACCACUGUAGAGCACUAGACCGUCUUUGUGUAGCCGUGUCUCUGCGCUACUGGACUCGUGUCGUCAUGCAUGGCCCUUGUCUGCUUCUGUACGUACUGCCUGCCAGCCCGUGCCCCUACUCCUGCCCCAUGCCGCAUGGCUGGCUGGGGCCUGCUGCCUACUCUGUGUGGUCUGUGCUGGGGAGACGUGGUUCAUAGUUGCAACCAGAGAAUUCAUCCAAGCAAAGGGCGUCCUGGUCCCUUGCUGCCAAGCUGGGGAGGCUCCAGUGCUGCUUGUCCUCCAGCUCCUGUUGUCUACAGGUGUCGCACUGGCUUGUGCUCCCAGUUAUGCCCUGCUAGUGCCAGCUCUUGGAUGCUUAGCCAGGAGGUGGUGGGAGUUUCCCCCUAAGUGUCAUUCUCAGAGACAAGCGCUCAGCUUGAUCCUAACCCAGGAGCAGCCGCUUCCACACAGCUCAGCUGUGUGGCCUCAACCCCAGCAAAGGAAGCGCUGCCUCUAUUUUAGCAAUACUGACCAAGCGCCUUGGUGGCAGGGGGGAGCUGGGCUAGAGAGUGGAAAGCUCCUGUGCUGUGUGCUUGGUUACCACAGAAGAGCCGGGGCAGAGUAGUCAGAGAGGGCUUGGUUCUGUGAGAUCCUGGGUGACCAACUCCCACUCUUUCAGCAUCAGUGCCUUGGAAAGGCUGGGCCAGCAGGGCCUGCUGUAGGAUGGAGGGUACCACUGUGGACGGGUGGUUAUAAAGCCCAGCUGUGACCAGGAGCAUCUACACUGGGCCAUUCAGGGAGUCCAGAAGAGCAGCCAGGCAGGCACACCCUGCAGCAGGGCUCCCACUGCUUGAGGUCACGUACCUGAUUUGCAUUCGAACAGGAAGGCAGAAGUACAGGGUGUCUGGCCCUGCCAGCUGCCCCGGUGCAAGGGGCAGGCAGUUGGUGGUGGAGGGCAGGCGGGGCAGCUCUGCCCUGGAAGCCCACGAUGAAUUCUCGUCUCCCUCAACCACACCAUUGCAUCCCUGCAUGUCGCGUCCCUGUCUGCACCUCCAGAGCCCGCAUGGCUGCAGCCUGUGCGCCUGGCAGCCGGGAGGAGCUGCAGCAUGUCGUCGUGCCACGUCCUGCACUGAGCCAGGCACCCAUGCCGGGCGCCCAGGCCAAGACGUACUUUUAAACAAACUAUUUAUUUGGGUUCCAUUAUUUUUUGAGACACAAAGAGGAACUCAGUUGUAUUUUUUAAAGCUUCGAAUUCUUGUCGUACUUCAUGUUCGAUUCCUAAUUUUACUGUGCUUAUUAAAAAAUGAUCCUGAACUAUGA